AUGGAUGGUCCAUACGGUGUAUUGCUUUUAACCGGCCAAGUCGGUCCAUUCUGUAGAGCCUACUAUCAAUCUGAUAAGUAUGCCAAGUGUGCGAAAGACGAUACGUGCGCAGGAAAUAAUGACUACCAUUUCUGUUGUGUCUACAACAAUUACUGUAACUUCUACAGUACCAAUUGGUUCUUCUGGCUCAUGUUCUUUCUGGUGGCUUUUAUAAUUGUUGGAUGUAUUGGUGUAUGUAUUUGGAGAUGUCGAAAGAACCGGCGUGGUGGAGGAGAAGAGAAUUAUGAAGAGCCUGAUGAUACUGUUUAA